AUGCAGGACUUUGUAAAGGAGUCCAAAAGGAUCCUGAAUGACAUAGAAACACUGGAUUCGUACACAACCAGUAUAGACUACUUGAGUUCCCAGAAGAACAGUUCGGUGCUGAGCAAGGACAAGGAGAAGACGCUCAACAACCAGAUUGAUGUUCUUAACGAGCGGUUCAGGGCGCUUUCAAUGAGGAUCAAGGGAAAGAUAGACGACUUUGCAGAUGAAACUGCGUCGAUGGAGAAAGAAAAGAAGAACAAUGGGUUUUACUGUCAGACAAGGAAUCUCCACCUCCAGGCACAGUCAAUGAAGCUUACUAAGGUAAUCAAUAGAUACAGAGAAGCACAGAUAAAGCAUCGAGAGGACGAGGUGGAUAAGUUCCGGAUGCAAUACAUUAUUGCAAAGCCCGAUGCAACAGAAAGAGAAAUAGAGGAGUUUAUUGAAGACGAAGAUGGCUCGAAGAUUGAAUCUGCAUUUGCACUCGGCGCCAACUCAGCAAGGGGCAUUCUAGAGGAAGCAGAGAAUAGAAAAAAGAACAUCAAGAAGAUUGAGGAGAUGGUGCAAGAGAUAGUGGACCUUCUUAACCUGAUCAGCCAGGAGGUGUCUAAGCGCACGAGUGUUGUUGAUUCCAUCAACGAUGAGUUGAUUGCAGCGCGUGAAAACACGACUGCAGCAAAUGCCGAUCUUGAGUCUGCAUUGGUAUACCAGAUCCGGGCCACUCGGAUAAAAAGAAUGAUUUUCUAUGGGAUCCUUAUAAUUAUUGCGGUGUUUAUUGUUUUUAUUGCUAUAAAGACCAAUUUUUUUGGUGCGUUCAACAAUAAUAAGUUCUAG